GUCUUCUAAAAGUUGACAUUCUUUUUUACCUGACAAGGUGUCAAAAAUACGCAAUGAUCCUACUAGAGAUGCAUAUUUACAUAGAAAACAUCGCGGACAGAUGCAAAAUGGCGCUCUAAAAUGUCCUAAAGGGCUCAAAAUUAAGAAGUAAAGAUCUUUUACUGUCAAACCCUCCCAUAAAGUUUAGAAAAAGCAGCAUCACCAACCUGAAGACAGCAACCGUUGGCUGAGUCUUCACAUCAUGUUAUUUUUGCGGACUGAAACCACAGUAACCCACACUCUUCCAAAAUGCUCUCAAACAAGUGCUGUUUAAUCUGGUGUCUCAUCUGUGUGAAAGGUGUGUUUGGUGUUGAUACAGAUGGAUUGAAGUCAGUGUCGGUGAUGGAGGGAGAUUCUGUUGCUCUACAGACUAAUCUUACUGAAAUACAGAGAGACGAUCAGAUACUGUGGAUGUUUGGACCUCAAGAGACUCGAAUAGCUGAAAUCUAUAAGCAGAUCAUUGAUAUGUUUGAUAGUAAUGAGACAUUUGGAGACAAACUGCAGCUGGAUUAUCAGACUGGAUCUCUCAUCAUCAGAAACAUCACAAUCAAACACUCUGGACUUUAUAAACUACUGAUCAUCAGUAACAGAGGAACUUCAUACAAGAGAUUCAGUGUUUCGGUUUUUGCACCUCUUCCUGUUCCUGUCAUCACCAGAGACUCUUCUCAAUGUUCUUCAUCAUCUGAAAGUUCAUCUAAAUGUGUGUUGGUGUGUUCAGUGGUGAAUGUGACACACUGUGGCAAUGUGACUCUCUCCUGGUACAAAGGAAACAGUUUAAUCUCCUCCAUCAGUGUGUCUGAUCUCAACAGCAGUCUCUCUCUACCUCUGGAGGUGGAAUAUCAGGAGAACAACAUCUACAGCUGUGUGGUGUCCAAUCCCAUCAGAAACCAGACUAAACAUCUCAACAUUAAAGAAGUCUGUCAAAUGUGUUCAGAUUCUGUCUACAUUCUUUCUGAGAGUGUGACCCCCUCAUUGAUUUAUGCUAUGAUGGGAAUGACUGCCGUUGGAGUACUUGUUUAUUACGUCAGAUCCAGAAGAGUUAAAGAGGAGGCGAAAGCAAAGACACCAUCAUACUUGUUUUGCACAUACUGCUGGAUAUGAGCAGCGCAUGUUUAUUUCGGCACCAAUAUUAACAGGUUACAGUGUGGUGCUGCUUCCAGAAACUUUCAUGUGACUUUAGUAAACUGAUUUGGUCAACACAAUCAUGCAACAACAAUGGCAUUUCAGGGGCCUCUGUGCUGUGUUUGGGACUCUGUAAUGGGCCCCUUCAUUAUAUGUUGUGGGAGCGCAACAUUUAUUGUUAUGCAAAACUAAUUCAGAAAAUAAAUUCCCUCCUUUUCCUCACAGGGGCUCUGCACGCAGCAGUACUGCUCACACUCUGCACUUGAGAAAGAGAAACUCACUCACACUAUGUAUUUUCUCAUGUGGACACAAGGUGGCCUACAAUAGACCUUUGGCUUCAUGUGCAAUUUACAAUGGAAAUAUGAUUCUACAAAAAAUAAAGUUAGGCUUUUAUUUUCAUUAAUUGAUCACACUUUGCUAAAGAUAACAUAUUUACCCUCAAGGGCCAUCUUCCAAGUUUCCAUACCAAGUACAAAAGCAGAUCAAACACUAAAGAGUGUCUGCCUCGUGAUACUUCACCAAAACUCUGCUAUAAUUUGAGAUCAUGUGCACAAUGUGAAAAUAAGAACCCACAAACAUUGCAUUUGCCACACACUUCAUCCUGAAAAUAUACAGCAGUUAUAGGAAUUCAGCUGCAAUGCCUGCACUUUGAUAAAGAGAAUGGGGUACUAAUUAGACUUCAGGUAUAAAAAAUAAACACUCACAUUCUUUUUGCUAAGAAAUAAAGGAAAUAUGUGCUUGUGAAUGGAAAAAAAAAAAACAGAAAGAUCUUCAAAAAAUAACUACAAACAGUACAAAGAGCUGUGCCAAAUUUCUGCCUACUGACUCUUCAGUGUAAAAUGAUAUGGCAUGAUAGGGCGUGUAAAGACCUGCUCUGCUAUCAUACAGAAAGGUAAGACAGAUCACUGGAAAGAGAGCAGGUUGUUGGGGGUUUUGUGCCUGAGGGUUGGGCUGUAUGGAAUUCAUGUAACAGCGUUACAUAUUCAGAAUACAAAAAUGAAGUAGGCUAACCGUAUUCAGUCCCUGUUAUGCUUUCAAGCAUCUGUAUUCAGAAUAGCCACAAAAUAUGGCAGAUGUCAUAGAAAUAAAUUAUUGUCAAUCAAGUGGGAAACUUGAUUGUUUUUGUGAAGAGUUUUUAUGUAAAGUGUUGCCAGGGUUUCAUUCCAAAUUGGGCUCAUUUGAAAACACAAUCACGGGUUAAAAUCAUAGAAUCGCGGGUUGUGUUUUUGGGAUAUUUUAUAAAUGGAACACGGCCACCAAAGUGUUUGAUGGUAGGCACUAAUGAAAAUAUAAAGUCUUUUUCAUGAUUCCCGGAUUGAACAUAUGGCAACUGCACUGGUACACUGUUGUCAUCUUAACAAUCAGUGUGCUGUCAGCUGUGGAACAGUAGCCUAUCAAUACAGCCACAUUUUUACACAAAUAGAACAUUUGAGCACAUGAUACAUUGUUUUCUGUAAUUGUUGCUGUUUAAAGACGGAGUAAGCGUUUGGAGAGUCACGUCCACACCAGAAAACUUGCAUAAUGAAGAACUGCUGAGGAAUAGCAGUUAUUAACAACAAUAAUAUGAACAGGUAAAAUAUGGGAGAAAGUACUGCAAACAGGAAUGUUCACAGACAUUUUGAGGGGCAGGGGCGCUAAACCUUUGAGGGGCAGUCAUUUCAAAUAUUGCCUAUUAUUACUAAAUACUAUUAUUACACAAAAAAUUUUUAUUUCAUUUAUUUCAGCAAAAGGGCAGGGGCUCAUGCCUCUAGAGCCAACCCCUCUGCAUGUGCCUGCUGCAAAGACUGAAAGAGGGAAAAUGACUUAAUGUAGAUCAGAGUCCAAACGAUGACAGAAAAACUUGUAAAACUCAGUGUAAAACUACUGUAAAAUUUGUAGCUCACAAAUUAAAUUAAAUUUAUAGACAUAUGGGAGGCUAGUUCAGUGUGACACGUAUUGUAACAUACAGGCAUAUUAAUAUUUAUAUUUCACUUUUUAAAAAACAUCUCAUACAAAGUGAUUCACAAAAAUAUAUGAAACAAUACAAAAAACAGAGGAUGAGUAAAAGAAUCAAAAGCACCCAAAAAUAAAAGUGUCGUUUAUAAAAGAGAUAGAAAAUAAAAUUAAUAUAUAGAAAUAUGCAAGCAAGCCUAGUUAAAAUCAUAAGGUCUGUUCGACUUCAUGCAGCACUGCGCAGACCGAUUGGCGCCGGUCUUGAAUUUGGGUUAAGGGCGCCUACACAUUAGAGUUAUGUUGUGUCAGAGAACUCUACGAAUGCAUUGAUUUCAGUGGGGAUGGUGCGUUAUAAGGACGGAGAGGAAAAACGCAAGGGUUUCCAAUAGUGAAGCUCAACUUUAGUUGCAACGCACGCUGGUGUAAGCAUCUGUUGACCAAUAGGAAUCUCGGAGAGGCAGGACUAGUCACGCUGUGAAAUCGAAAAAAACAUGGCGGACAAAUUCAAACAUGUGGCGUAUUUAGUCCCUGUCCAAUAUUAUCUUUCACUGUCAGGCUAAAGAGAUAGUUAUUGUGGAGAGAGAGAGAGUGAGAGAGAGAGAGCCUAGAGAAGAGUUUCAAUGUUUACUGGUACAUUAUAAAGAAGUAAUAUUUUAAAUAGCCAUCUCUAUCCUUGACUGCCUCUACCCUCUGUGGUACACGCCGUCCAAACAGACCUUACGCACUCAUGCGUCAAAUGCUCCGUCUGAGCUUUCCCUAGUGUGUUUUUUCUUCUUCUUUAUUGUCCCAACAUGAUAACAAAACAGGCCAGGGUUCUCUACAAACACCUCAAUCCAAAAUGAGUCCCAAGACAUCAUACAAAGAGACAGUAUUAUAUAAUAAGUAUCUUAUUGCUUUCAGGUUUUCUGAAAGUUCAGUGGACUCCAAAUACAUUUUCAUUUCAUGUUUGAACCUCAAAAAGAGCGGUUUGCAUUUGGAGAAUUUGCAUUUAUGAAUAUGGUAUUUUGCUAACUGAAAAAGAAGGUUUAUGAUAAAAGCAUAAUUUCUUUUUUCACAUUUGUGAAAACCAAAGAUGACAUUUCUAUAUGUAAAUACAAUAUUGGGAUUUACCUAACACUUAAUGAAAUGACUGUCCCUAGUGUGUAAGUGCCUUAUCGGAAACCCUUGAUUUUUCCCUCUCCGUCCUUCCGCCUUCCAUAAACAACAACAACAACAACAAAACAUAAGUGACCAACUCCACAUCUAAUUUAAAGAAACAGGCUAUUCAUAUUAAUUUAGAUUAGUUAAAAGUAGCACUUCAGAUAAUGUAAUAAUGACAUAUCACAUGUAAUUCUACCAAUUGUGCCUUGCCUUUUUAAACAUGUACUCUAAAAGUAUUCUGAAUACGUUACUUUUUAUGUGAUGUAUUCAGAAUACUUUACUGAAUACAUUUUAGAAAGAGUAUUUAGUAUUCAGCCCAGAAUACUUUCUUAAAGUAAUCCGCCCAAUCUUGACAUGAAAGGUGGGAGGG